GAAAUUUCAAAUCUUAUUUUUCUUUCCAUUUCCAUUUCCAUUGGGCUUCUCAAAGAAUAUGUUUCUCUUUUAAGAUUCAUUUAAUUUAUAAUCUCAACCCGAUUUUUAUCUGUUCUUUUACUUCUGUCUCCACUUAUGAAGAAAGUAUUUUUAAAUUUCCUCAGAUUAUAUAUUGUGCCCUGGGAAGCCCAGGACCCUUUCAAAUUGUCAAAUCUCCUGACUUCCCACUCCCAAGGCAGCUUCUUAAAUGCAACUUGCCCUCAAGUAGUGUCCACAAUAAGGAGUUUUAGAGUCAAGAAGUAGACACAAUUACUCAAGUAGCACUUCUUCCAAAAGUAUAAAAUACUUGAGCCAGUUUUUGAAGAAGAUGUAGAUGAGUUAUACAGAUUAAUUUGAGAUCAACUGUGAACUAUUCUAUAAUAUAUAACUAGUAGAUAUGUAUAUAUAAUAUUACAUAUGUAUAAAUAAAACUAUUAUGUAUAACUUUUACAUAUGUGACUAUUAGCGUUAGUGUUAUUAGAAGUCAUCUAAAACACUAAAAUAUAUUUAAGUAUUCUAAGAGGGUAAACAUUUCUUUAUUCAAUUUUUUUAAAGCUGUGGCCCUAAAAAUAGGCAAUGAAUUAUUAAGUACUAUUGCCAGUGUCUUCAAAAAACACAGGGCAUAGCUGAGGAGUAGACCAGAGUCAGCAAUUCUUCUGGCCAGGAGGGUCUUUCCGAGUCGAUAUUCUGCUUCCAUUUUCUCCAGACUUCAAACUUCCUCGCUUCCUGGACAAUCCUUGGCACUUUCUCUAAUUGUGAUGAUUUCCUACCUUAUAGCUGCCCCUGAAAUCUGUGAAUAUGAUGAUAAGGAAAGGAUUUUCUCCUAGUACUACCUGGAGGCCUCUUCAGAUCCAAAGGCCUAAACCCUGAAUCUGACCUCACGAUUCUACUUUGAGAUUUUUAGCUUUGUGUCUAUGUUCUAUUUGUUUUCAGGUCCUGUUCUGACACCUGAUUUUCUGGAGAAGAUGCUGUGGCCUCUAGUGAUCCAAAUUAUACCCCAGGACCAGAUUAUGACCCUAGGGUUGUGUUUAAUGUAGCCUGAGGGCCCCUUGCUCCAAUGUGAAUUCACUCUUCAAUCUGGUGCUGCCAUCAUUAAGUCUUUUGUCUUUUGAUGUCCUAAUUAUGUGGAAGGAAAAUAUCACUCAUAUUAGUGAAUUUGUCCUGCUGGGCUUCCCUACUUACCCUUGGCUGCAAGUUCUGCUUUUCUUCCUCUUCCUCAUCACCUACCUGUUUGUGCUGUUGGAGAAUGUAGUCAUCAUCCUCACUGUAUGGGUAACUGGAUCCUUGCACAAGCCCAUGUAUUACUUUCUGGGCACCAUGUCCUUUCUGGAGACCUGGUAUAUAUCUGUCACAGUCCCCAAGAUGCUAGCUGGAUUCCUGCUUUGUCCCAAUACCAUCUCCUUCUUGGGAUGCAUGACCCAGCUCUAUUUCUUCAUGUCACUUGCCUGUACUGAGUGUGUGCUCUUGGCUGCCAUGGCCUAUGACCGUUAUGUGGCUAUAUGUUGGCCUCUUCGCUAUCCGGUUAUGAUGACCACAGAAUUUUGUGUUCAGCUAACCAUCAGUUCCUGGCUGAGUGGCUUUAUUGUCUCCAUGGCAAAAGUAUACUUCAUCUCCCAAGUUUCCUUCUGUGGUAAUAAUAUCUUGAACCAUUUUUUCUGUGAUGUUUCCCCCAUCCUCAAACUGGCCUGCAUGGACUCAUCUGUGGCAGAGAUGGUAGACUUUGUGCUAGCCAUCAUCAUCCUUGUGUUUCCUCUCUCAGCCACUGUCCUUUCCUAUGCCUUCAUUGUCUCUGCCAUCCUGCACAUUCCUUCAGCCACUGGGCAGCGGAAGGCCUUCUCUACCUGUGCUUCUCACCUUAUAGUGGUAGUCAUCUUCUACACAGCCGUGAUCUUCAUGUAUGUCCGACCUCAGGCCAUUGCUUCAUUCAAUUCUAACAAAUUGAUCUCAGCCAUAUAUGCAGUCUUUACUCCCAUGCUCAACCCUAUCAUCUACUGCCUGAGGAACAAGGAAGUCAAAAAUGCCAUCAGAAAAACCAUGGCAAGUGGCCAAGCCCUUUUCUUGAGAGAUUCUCUUUGCUGAAGAAAUUCAGUUUUCAGAUUUUCUUCUUUUUUUCA